AUGGAAGACCGGAAAUGCAGAUCGUGUCCGACCACCGUGAUGAUUUCCCUUCUCGGUCUCGCUUGGCUUCUAAGCAUAUCGCCUGCUGAUGGUGCUAUUGCAGUAGCUAACCCAAGUAGCCCAUUGUCCACUUAUAUUGUCCAAGUGCGAAAGCCGGCCGACCAAGAUUUCGCUGCUACUCCAGGGGAUCUUGAUGCUUUCUAUCGGUCAUUUUUACCUGCCACAGCAGCCAGCUCAAACCAGGAGCACAGAAUGGUUCGCUCAUACCGAAAUGUACUAUCCGGGUUUGCUGCCAAAUUGACCACUGAGGAAGCUGAAGCUAUUCGAGAGAAGGACGGUGUUUUGUACGUGCGUCCGGAGGAGGCGCUCUCUUUGCACACAACUCACACCCCCGACUUCUUGGGAUUGCACCAAGGUGUCGGGCUCUGGAAAGACUCGAACUUCGGUAAGGGCGUCAUCAUUGGAGUUCUGGACACAGGGAUUUUUCCUGACCACAUUUCCUUCAGCGACGAGGGGGUGCCUCCGCCCCCGGCCAAAUGGAAGGGCGGGUGUGACUUCAAUGGCAAGUCUUGCAACAACAAGCUCAUCGGUGCCAGGUCGUACACUGGUCCGCCAGAUGAUCAAGUGGGACACGGCACGCACACUUCCAGCACGGCUGCUGGUGCUUUUGUGAGGCGUGCCAGUGCACUCGGGAAUGCCAAUGGCACGGCCGUAGGCAUGGCGCCUCUUGCGCAUUUGGCAAUAUACAAGGUUUGCGAGGUUUUCGGGUGCCUUGAGAGUGACAUAUUAGCUGGGUUCGACGCAGCCAUUGAGGACGGUGUGGAUGUGCUUUCACUCUCUCUUGGAGGAAUAUCCCGACCGUUCUAUGACGACGCGAUCGCAAAGGGUGCAUUUGCCGCCAUCCAAAAGGGCAUCUUCGUCAGCUGCUCCGCCGGGAACAGUGGGCCGUCCAACAGCACGUUGUCAAAUGAGGCACCAUGGAUUCUCACCGUGGGAGCGAGCAGCAUCGACCGCACCAUAACGGCCUCGGUGCAGCUCGGGAGCAGGCAAGAGUUCGAUGGGGAGACCCUCUACCAACCCCACGACUUCCCUCAGAAGCUACUUCCCCUUGUUCAUGCGGGAAAAACCGGAGAUCCAUCCUCGGCUUCCUGCCUCGCUGGCUCACUACGAGGCCGCUCGGACCUCCAAGGGAAAGUGGUUGUGUGCGAUAUUGGUGACGCAAAAGGACGACUCGAGAAAGGUCAAGAGGUCAAGGAUGCAGGCGGCGCGGCCAUGAUCCUCGCGAACGGUCCCACCGAGGGAUACACCACAUUGGCCGAUGCACAUGUCCUUCCCGCAGUCCACGUGAGCUACGUCGCAGGGGCGGCGAUCAAGAGCUACCUGAGGAAGGCGCCAGCGCCGACUGCCACGAUCCUAUUCAAAGGCACCCGCAUUGGAACAUCGGCCGCCCCGGCAGUAUCAUUCUUCUCUUCGCGCGGCCCCAACAUCGAAAGCCCCGGCAUCCUCAAACCGGACAUCAUUGGCCCCGGCGUGAACAUCCUUGCCAGUUGGCCAUUUCCUUUAGACAAAUCCACAAGCAAGACGCACGCAUUCAACGUGAUCUCCGGGACCUCUAUGGCCUGCCCCCACCUCAGCGGUGUGGUCGCGCUGCUCAAGAGUGCGCACCCCGACUGGUCGCCGGCCGCCAUCAAGUCCGCCAUUGUGACCACCGCUGCUACCUCCAACAUGAAACGCCAACCCAUCAUCGACCAGACGCUCCAUCCGGCAGACAUUUUCGCCACCGGUGCAGGACAUGUCAACCCGUCAAGGGCCGUCGACCCGGGUCUCGUUUACGACAUCGGACUGCAAGAUUACGUUCCUUAUUUUUGCGGGCUCAACUACACUGACUCAGAAAUCGAGAUGAUAGUUCAGAAGAAAGUCACAUGCUCGAGCAUAAAGAGCAUACCCGAUUACCAGCUCAACUACCCGUCGAUCAGCGUGGUGUUCGGGGGCUCGGUGACGAUGGUGAGUGUGACAAGGACGGUGAGGAACGUUGGACCGGCGAAGUCGCAUUACCGGUUGGUCAUCGACCCGAUCAAAGGUCUGGACUCGAUUGACGUGCACCCGCGUGAUCUGGAAUUCACGGAGGCGAACCAGACAGCGAGUUACAGGGUUGACUUUACGAGGGGAGUUGACCGGAAAGCGGCGGCGACGAUGCCGUUCGCUCAGGGGACGAUCACGUGGGUCUCUGCUCGGCAUUCGGUUCGGACCCCUGUCGCUGUUGUGUUUUAA